AUGAAUUCAAGCGAAUUUCGUCAGCGAGGCCGAGAGAUGGUUGACUACAUAGCAGAUUACCUAGAGAACAUCGAAACUAGACGGGUCCUACCCGAGGUUCAGCCGGGCUACUUGAGGGACAUGGUACCAAAGGAGGCUCCCUAUGAUCCCGAUUCGUGGGAGGAGGUCAUGGAAGACGUGGAAAGGUGCAUCAUGCCAGGAAUAACCCACUGGCAGCACCCCAGGUUCCACGCAUACUUCCCGGCCGGCAACUCGUAUCCUUCCAUCUUGGGGGACAUGCUUUCUGACAGUAUCGCCUGCGUUGGCUUUUCUUGGGCCGCCAGCCCUGCCUGUACAGAAUUGGAGAUUCUUAUGUUAGAUUGGCUCGCCAAAAUGAUCAACCUGCCCCAAAAAUUUCUUCAUGUCAGUGGUGCUGGCGGUGGAGUUCUUCAGGGAUCAGCCAGCGAUUGUGUCCUGGUAAGCAUGCUAGUAGCUCGCAACAAAGCGUUGACGGAUUUGAGUUCCUCCUUCAAAGAGCAACCAGAGGGCGUUCUCUUGUCGAAACUGGUUGCCUACUGCUCGAAACUUGCUCACUCUUGCGUUGAAAAGGCAGGGAUGCUGUCGUUGGUGAAGAUGCGUGAGUUGGACAUUGAUGAAAAUUACUCGCUGAGAGGUGGAACAUUGGAAAAGGCUAUUGAGGAUGAUCGAAAUGAAGGACUGAUUCCAUUUUACUUGUGUGCGACUUUAGGAACCACUGCAGUCUGCUCUUACGAUAAUAUCAAGGAGCUUGGUGAGAUAUGCGAGAAACAAAAGAUAUGGAUGCAUGUAGACGCUGCUUAUGCCGGCAGUGCUUUCAUCUGUCCCGAGUUUAGGAACAAGAUGGUUGGAAUCGAGUAUGCUAGAUCAUUCAAUAUGAACCCCAACAAAUGGCUUCUUGUAAACUUUGACUGUUCCGCUCUGUGGGUUGAAGACAGGAAGGAAAUGACCAAUGCACUGACGGUUGACCCAUUGUAUCUGCAACAUUCUCAAUCUGACAAAGCAGUGGAUUUCAGGCACUGGGGCAUUCCGCUCAGUCGGAGAUUUCGUUCGCUGAAACUGUGGUUUGUCAUUAGAAAUUACGGAGUCAGUGGACUGCAAAGCUACAUCAGAAAUCACUGCACGUUGGCAAAGUUGUUCGAAUCCUUAGUGCUGACAGAUGGCAGGUUUGAAGUUCUCGGAGAAGUUAGUUUAGGACUCGUCUGCUUCAGACUUAAGGGUCACAACUUUUACACCCAAAUGUUAAUGAGAUCCAUAAACCUGUCCGGCAAGCUACACAUGGUACCGGCACUCAUCAACGAUAGCUACGUCAUCAGGUUCGCAGUGUGCCACCAAAGAGCCAAGGAGGCUGACAUAAAGUACGCAUGGUGUGUGGUACUGGAGAUGGCAGCCAUCGUACUGGAGACAUGCAAGGAAAAUUUCAUCGAAGUGGCAAAAGUUUUUGAAAAAAUUGCUUCCCUAGAGAUUGAUGACGCUGACGAAGCCAAGGGGGAUGAGAGCCAACACAGUACUAAGAAGAAUUCCAUAAAAAAGAAAAAGUCGGAUGUUAAAAGUAGUUCACAAAAAUUUUCAAACGGAGACAAACCAGAAUCGAACAAUUGUGGGACGCAAAUUAACACGAAAGACUCAGAAAAAAAAUUGACUCUAGAUUUUGAUGGUCUCGGCAACACAAACAGCAACGAAACGUUUGAAGAGACCGACGACAACGACGAUGAUGAAGUCUUUCCAUUUGACGACAACAUCCCAUCCAUUCCAUCUAUCAGGUCUCUCCCUGAGCCAGCCGCAGCAACCGCCGACGCCACUGCAGUAAACUCGAACGCAUCUUCAUCCAACAAACACGGGAAACCUCUGGCGUCCUACAAGAGACGCAACAUGCUUCUGAGGAUGAUCAGCGAUCCGAAGCUAUACAAACCGCAGUUGCUCAGAUCCAUGAGUAUCGAGCGUAAGAAGAAGAUGAAGGUCGAAAGCAGCUGCACUGAAGAGCUGCACUCAUGCAGCGUCGAGAGUUGCGACAGUAGAGAAAGUUGUCAAGAAUUCGCUACUGAUUCUACUGGGCCCAACAGAUUAUCAAGUUCCUACAGCCAAACCAAUAAUAAUCAAGAAUUCGAGUCUAGUAAGGAUAAGAAGAAAAAUUAAAUUCUUCAUUAUUUUUGUUUGUUACUAGGUAUAAUUUCAUAUUUAUAAAUUAGUCUCAUUUUAAAAUUAUUUCAACAAUUUUUCUGUUACCAAUUUUAAGAGUGUUAACAUACAGAUAAGUUUCUAGUCGUAAGUAAGAUAAAUUGUGAUAUGUAUUUGUACAUAAGUUACCGCAAAUACCAAAUUACCAUAUCUAUACGUGUGUGAAUUCAUUUGUGCAUCUAAAGCUGUAAAACAUUUAUAUUGAAAAAUAAUAUUUCAAGGUCUAAAAGUCAUUUUAAUAUUAAUAUGAGAAAAGAUUUAACAAAUUUUAGCGAAAAUUCCAACGUGUUUGUGUUAAUGUGUAUCUCGCAAGUAGGUAAGCGAGUUCUUACACGUCACACGUAGAAUUAUUAGGCGUUAAUUUAAUUGCAAUCAAACUCUUCAAUGUUGUGUCGGUGUUGUGACUUUUGGAAAUAAUUCGCAAGUUUCAACAUAUUCAUUGAUUAAACUUGUCUCUGUUUGAAUUUUUCUGAUGAAAUUCAUAGUGUAUAUUAAUCAUUUGACUUAGUUAAGCUUACCAAAUAAAUUUCUCAAAAU